AUGUGGGUGACCCAACUUCUGCCAAUAUUGGUGCUGCAUCAGGUUCUUCAACAUCUCCUCCUUCUUCCCAUCACCAUUUCCUUUGCAGAGGCCCAGAGGAAAAGAAACACCCUACAUGAAUUCAAAAAGUCAGCAAAGACAACCCUGAUCAGACUAGACUCAUCGCUGAAUAUCAAAACCAAAAGGCUGAACACGACGGACAAAUGUGCCAAGAGAUGUAUUAGGAAUAAGGGCCUUCCAUUCACUUGCAAGGCCUUUGCUUUUGACAAAGCAAAAAAACGAUGUCAUUGGUUCCCUUUCAAUAGCAUGUCAAAUGGAGUGAGAAAGAAGCAUGACCACGAAUUUGAUCUCUAUGAAAAUAAAGACUACAUUAGAAACUGUAUCAUUGGGAAAGGGGGAAGCUACAAGGGAACUAUAUCUAUUACUAAAAGUGGUAUCAAAUGCCAGCCAUGGAAUUCGAUGAUACCACAUGAACACGGCUUUUUGCCUUCGAGCUAUCGGGGUAAAGACCUACAGGAAAAUUACUGUCGAAAUCCACGAGGGGAAGAAGGGGGACCUUGGUGCUUCACAAGCAAUCCAGAGGUACGCCAUGAAGUCUGUGACAUUCCUCAGUGUUCAGAAGUGGAAUGUAUGACCUGCAAUGGGGAAAGUUACCGAGGUCCCAUGGAUCAUACAGAAUCAGGCAAGAUAUGUCAGCGCUGGGAUCAUCAGACACCACACCGACACAAAUUCUUGCCAGAGAGAUAUCCUGACAAGGGCUUUGAUGAUAAUUAUUGCCGCAAUCCUGAUGGCAAGCCGAGGCCAUGGUGCUAUACUCUUGACCCUGACACCCCUUGGGAGUACUGUGCAAUUAAAACAUGUGCUCAUAGCACUGUGAAUAACAGUGAGAUUCCUAUGGAAACAACCCAUUGUAUCAGAGGUCAAGGAGAAGGUUAUCGAGGUACUGUGAACACAAUAUGGAAUGGAAUUCCGUGCCAGCGCUGGGACUCACAGUAUCCCCAUCAGCAUGACAUAACUCCUGAGAACUUCAAAUGCAAAGAUCUAAGAGAAAAUUACUGUCGAAAUCCAGAUGGGGCCGAAUCACCUUGGUGUUUUACAACAGAUCCAAAUAUUCGGAUUGGCUAUUGUUCCCAGAUUCCAAAGUGUGAUGUUUCAAGUCAACAAGACUGUUAUCGUGGGAAUGGCAAGAAUUAUAUGGGAAAUUUAUCCAGGACAAGAUUUGGGCUUACCUGUUCUAUGUGGGACAAGAAUAUGGAAGACUUACACCGGCAUACUUUCUGGGAACCAGAUGCUAGCAAGCUGAAUAAGAAUUAUUGCCGUAAUCCGGAUGAUGAUGCCCAUGGGCCCUGGUGUUACACAGGCAAUCCGCUUGUUCCUUGGGAUUACUGCCCAAUCUCUCGCUGUGAAGGGGAUACUACACCUACAAUAGUCAAUUUAGAUAGUAAACCUGCAGUACUGGAUGACUUCGUUGGUACAAUAGAUUUACCUAAUCAUGGCUGCACAAUUCCUGAAAAAACAACUUGUAGUGUAUAUGGAUGGGGAUACACUGGAUUAAUAAACUUCGAUGGUCUCCUUCGCGUGGCACACCUGUUUAUCAUGGGGAAUGAGAAAUGUAGUCAGUAUCACCAAGGGAAGAUCACUCUGAAUGAGUCUGAAAUCUGUGCUGGGACUGAGAAAAUAGGAACAGGACCUUGUGAGGGAGAUUAUGGCGGCCCGUUGGUUUGUGAGCAGCACAAAAUGAGAAUGGUUAUUGGCGUCAUCGUGCCUGGCCGUGGCUGUGCCAUUCCCAACCGCCCUGGGAUCUUCGUUCGAGUAGCUUAUUAUGCGAAGUGGAUUCACAAAAUCAUACUGACAUACAAGGUACCUCAGGCAUAGCGGAAAUAAGUGUGGCGAGAGCCUCCACCCCUACAGCUCCCUUUACAGAGC